ACCCGGAAAUAAAUGGUAGCGUUUUCAAAGCUUGUUCUGCACGUGUUGAAAAUAUGGUACGAUAUAAAUCGAGAUACUUGCUUUGCGAGGUGUGUUUCUCUAAGCGGAACAGUUUGCAGGUGUUAGAUGAGAGAGGCAUUUACCACACAGUCCGAGCAGCCGUGGACCGAGCUCACGGGGACUACGGAUCAGCUCUGGUCAACCUGGCAUUUUCAGUGAAAUACCUGAAUGCCCUCACUGGAGUGGUUCUUAUACGCUGCAGGAAAGCAAACUAUCAGCUCAUCUGGUCUGCCAUUCCUUUCAUCACCUACCUUGAGAACAGAGGUCAAAGGGUGCAGUGCUUCAUCAACUGCUUACAUGUAGGAGGAACAAUUAGAACAUGUCAGAAGUUUCUUGCUCGGUACAACAGACAGCAGCUCCACAGAAUGCUACUAGAUUGCAAAACAGAUGAUGAAAGACAGGAGAUUAGAAGAGCUAUCCUGAGUUGUUCCCUGGGUAAUAUCAGAGGGGAGAAAGCUGAUGAAGAAGGGAGUGAUGAUGAUGAUGAUGAUGAUGAAGAGACCUAAACACCCUCAUAUCAAACUUUGUACCUGAUUUGUAGAUGAAGAUGGUGACAUCUUGGAUUCCUUAAGUUAGUUAUUUUCUUAUAGAGAUCAGUUAGUUCACAUAUGUUUCAUUAUUGGACAUGUAAGGGAUAGUUUGCCAAACAAUGAAAAUUAUAUAAUCAUUUACUCACACCCAUGUUGUUCCAAACCCAAGUGACUUACUCUGUAACAUGCAAAACAUUUUUGGCAGAAUGUGACUAUACACUAUUAUUUUAAGGAAGAAAGUCAAACAGGCUUGAAAGUACAUGUUGAAACAAAAUUUUUAUUUUUAUUUUUUAGGUGAACUGUCCCUUUAAGGAAAUGGUUAACGUGGAGUCUGGAUCAUAAAAUAAACUUGUAUAGUAUUUCUUUUCUGAACAUUCUUCAGCACUGUAUUUUUUUUUAAAUGUAGUAUGUUGUGAUACAUUACUGCUUUGGUGUACACUUAUUUUUUCAUUUUGUACUGAGUAAAACCAUAGGCGAAUAGUUCUACCUAUUAGCCUAAAAAUAAAACACGUGUGACAAAUUACUGCUAAUAUAUAUCCUUAACAUGUUGAACAGGUAAUGUUUACAUCACGAAAGUGUUGUUGUUUGAAAGCUUUUGUACUAACUAAAACCAUUGCUGCUUGUAGCGCGGACAACAAAAAACCGCAUGUUAUUACCAUGUCAAAAGCGUUUGAUGUAAUUGAAAUAAACCAAAUAUUU